CGCUUUCAAUGCAAGAUAAGGGCUCCCCUGUGAUGACCCUCGAGCUCGUCGUGUAGGCGAACUCAUACUUUUGGUGCUGCAAGACGGUCCCCACCCCGUGCGUCGAAAUGACAGACACCGCCACUGAUGCUCAGACGGGGAUAAAGUUGAGUACAGCCCGCUCUACAUGCUCGGUGCAUGCGUGUCGUAAUAACGGGAGUGGUCGGGCGUUUCCAGGCUGCCGUUUCGACCGCAUCUACCGCCCCCUCUCGAUAUCCUUCUCGUUGGUGCCACCCAAGUCAAUCAUCAUGGACGGAAUCCGAUACCACCAGUUCUUUCGCUCUACAUCUGGCCUGCAGCGCUGGUUUUCGUGAAAUAGUUGUCAUAAUCAUCUUCCACCAAAACGAGCGUUCUGUGUCUUUUACGAGAGAAGAGGGUUGGGACACCAAGGGCCGGGAUCUCUCUGUCCUGAACCUCUCCUUGCGCAGAAGCUUCACGUGUGAUUGGGCGCAUGACCGCGUUGAAGGCCGGAGAGGCGUAUCGCUUCGGGCGAAGAUGAAGCUCGUCGACUUUUUGAGUCUCUUGGAGUUUAAGAACGCGACGCGGUCAGAGGCAGAGGAGAGCGGCGAUAUAGGUUUUCACCGUCGAAUACCAAGAAUCGCGAUGCUACGCGGUGCAUUCGCCUCAGCUCGUCUGCUGUGAAUAACACAUGUUCGCCGCGGAGUAAUUGAACCAGGCUGUCCUUCG